AUGAAGCAUCCAAGCGACGUCGAAGAUGUCAAGAGGGAGAUUCAGAUUCUGCACACCCUAGCCGGCCAUCCCAACGUGGUGACACUCAAGGCGGUCUACGAAGAUUCGGAGAAUAUUCACUUAGUCAUGGAGCUGUGCACCGGUGGGGAGCUGUUCGAGAGGAUCUGCGACAGGGGCGCGUACACUGAGCAGGACGCCGCAGACGCCAUACGCACCAUGCUGCAGGUCGUUGCCCAUUGCCACGACAUGGGCAUCAUCCACCGCGACCUGAAGCCCGAAAAUUUUCUGCUGGCUGAUCCUUCCGAUUACGCCCCGCUCAAGGCCAUUGACUUUGGACUGUCAGCAUUCUUCAAGGAGGGCCAGGUGAUGGACGAGGUGGUCGGCACGCCAUACUAUGUCGCGCCCGAGGUCUUAAACAAGCACUACAGCAAGGAGGCGGAUGUCUGGUCCAUGGGCGUCAUCCUGUACAUAUUACUAAUCGGGGUGCCCCCUUUCUACAAGGACACGGACGAGGAGAUCUUCGAGGCCAUACAGGAUGGCUACGUGGACUUCGAGUGCGACCCAUGGCCAGACAUCUCGGACGCCGCGCUGGACAUGUGCCAGCGGAUGCUGGCCAUGGAUCCGAGCCAGCGACCUACAGCAGACGAGCUCCUGUGCCAUCCCUUUUUGGCGGAGGGCGACGCAGUGUGCUGCCGGCCGCUCAACCCCGUGGUGGGCCGGCUGCGCGGCUUUGCGGCGAUGAAUAAGUUGAAAAAAGAGGCGCUGAAGAUCAUCGCGUCGCAGAUGCCCAAGGCGGAGAUCGAGGGCCUGCGGCAGAUAUUCUUGUCGCUGGACGAGGACGGCAAUGGCAAGAUCACGGUGGAUGAGUUGCGGGAGGGUCUGAGGCAGAAAGGUGGAAUGCUCCCAGAAGCCGACCUGUACCGCCUCAUCGACGGCAUCGAUCUGGACGGCAACGGCGCGGUGGACUACGAGGAGUUUCUGGCGGCGACCCUAAACCUAAACAACCUGCAGUCCGACGAUAGUUUAGUUCGGGCCUUCCGCCACUUCGACACGGACGACAGCGGCAGCAUCACGCGGGACGAGAUGUUCGAGGCGCUAAAAGGGUAUGGGAUCACGGACCGCGGCAUCAACCAGAUCCUGUGUGAAGCGGACAAGGACGGCAACGGCGCCAUCGACUUCGAGGAGUUCUGCGAAAUGAUCCUGGGAGCGGGCAACGCCUUUGGCCGCGGGCGCUACUCGCGCUGA